AUUCCCUGUCUGUGCAGCGGUGCCUCGUGUUUACUGUGCCGAUGUUGUCCCAACAGCAAGAAUUCAACAGUGACGCGUCUUAUCUAUGCCUUCCUCCUCCUUCUCAGCACUGUUCUUGCCUGCAUUAUGCUGGCACCAGGGAUGGAAGAGCAGCUGAAAAAGAUACCUGGAUUUUGUGAUGAGGGGCUUCAUACUCGGAUACCGCAUAUGAAUGGUUUUGUCAGCUGCGAUGUGUUUGUUGGAUACAGAGCUGUCUAUCGAAUCAGCUUUGCCAUGGCAGUGUUCUUCUUUCUUCUCUCUCUGCUCAUGAUAGAAGUGAAAACAAGUAAUGAUCCAAGAGCCUCGGUACACAAUGGGUUCUGGUUCUUCAAAAUAGCUGCCAUUGUGGCGAUCAUGGUUGGAGCGUUUUACAUUCCUGAAGGGCCUUUCACAAGAGCUUGGUUUGCUAUUGGUGUUUGUGGAGCCUUCUGCUUCAUUCUUAUCCAGCUGGUGCUUCUUGUGGAUUUUGCUCACUCCUGGAAUGAGAGCUGGGUUGAGAGAAUGGAGGAGGGAAAUUCUAAAUGUUGGUAUGCAGCUCUGCUGUCCUGUACAAGCUUGUUCUAUGCCUUGUCAGUGGUUUUUAUUGUGCUCUUCUAUGUUUUCUACACAAAGCCUGAUGACUGCACUGAGAACAAGUUCUUCAUAAGCAUUAAUAUGAUCCUGUGUGUUGCUGUCUCCAUUGUUUCUAUCCUUCCAAAAGUUCAGGAAUAUCAGACUCACUCUGGCCUCCUCCAGUCCUCUGUUAUCACGCUCUACACCAUGUAUCUCACUUGGUCAGCCAUGUCCAAUGAGCCUGAACGAAGCUGUAACCCGAGUUUGCUGAACAUCAUUACCCAGAUAGCUACACCCACAGUUGGUCCAGCAAAUACCACUGUUGUACCUGCUACUCCAGCUCCGCCCAAGUCCCUACAGUGGUGGGAUGCCCAGAGUGUUGUUGGAUUGGUUAUCUUUGUCCUUUGCCUCUUGUAUUCCAGCAUCCGCUCUUCAAGUAACAGCCAGGUGAACAAGCUGACACUGUCUGGGAGUGACAGUGCCAUUCUGGAGGAGACUGUGGGAACAGGCAGCGGGGCUGCAGAGGAAGGAGAAGUGCGCCGUGUCAUGGAUAACGAGAAGGAUGGUGUUCAGUACAGCUACACCUUCUUUCACUUCAUGCUCUUUCUUGCCUCUCUUUACAUCAUGAUGACACUCACGAACUGGUACAGCCCUGAUGCAGAUUUUAAGACAAUGACAAGUAAGUGGCCAGCCGUGUGGGUGAAGAUAACCUCCAGCUGGGUUUGUCUCCUCCUUUACCUUUGGACCUUAGUGGCUCCUCUUGUCCUUACUAAUAGGGACUUCAGUUAACUUGCUGCAUCUGUCUAAGCGUACAAAAGUGGGGAGAAAAAAAAAAAGUUUCUUGCUGAAAGCCAAAAUGUUCAUGUAUUGCUUUAGUUA